GAAACUUCAAAUAAUAUCAAAAUAAAUGGAAGCCGUUUUCCAAAUUUCUGUGAUUUCUCCAUAUUUUUUCGAUUUUCUUUGCAAAGAUUUGAUUGAUUUAAUAGUUUUUGGUGCUGAGACGAAAGUUGAAGUGUAAAUCAUUGCCUUUGUGUCACCAACAAUCCAAUCCAAAGUGGUUGUCUCGUGAAUUCCCCCUGUUCCGUGCUAAGCGGUAAUCAUUCAUCAUGGAUCAGAUGGCGUUAAGUCCGGGUUUCUCGAUACCCAGUAUCGGGACUCCGCUACAUCAGCCAGAGGAAGAUCAACAGAUUCUACCGCACGCUUACCAGCAGCAGCAGUCGAUGCCGCACAUGACCCCAAUGGGUGGACUAAGUUCGUAUGGGAUGCCGUCGAUAAGCAUGGGCACUCCUGGAAAAAGUAUGCACACAUAUGCACCAAGUUUUGCUGCUCCCCAGAGCAUGAUUCAGCCCCAGACGCCGCAAAGCCUCAUGUCACCGAUGGUUCCCAUGACGGAGAGCAAGGGAACCCCCAGUCACAAUAACAGCGGAGGGAGUGUGCGAGAUCCGGAUAACAUUGGUAGCGUUAAUAUUCAUCAGACAAUGGGUCCCGCGACUCCGAUGACACCGAUGACGCCCAGCGAACCAGCCAUUCUGCCUCAGCUGCAGAAUAUUGUGUCAACGGUGAAUCUUAGCUGUAGAUUAGAUCUUAAAAAAAUUGCCCUACAUGCUCGUAAUGCAGAGUACAAUCCGAAACGUUUUGCUGCGGUCAUUAUGCGAAUUCGAGAACCGCGUACCACCGCGUUGAUUUUCUCGUCCGGCAAAAUGGUUUGCACCGGAGCGAAAAGCGAGGAAGAUUCUAGGUUGGCAGCGCGAAAGUACGCUCGUAUUAUUCAGAAGCUUGGAUUUACGGCGAAAUUUCUGGACUUCAAGGUGCAAAACAUGGUCGGCAGCUGCGACGUGCGGUUUCCGAUUCGACUCGAGGGUUUGGUUCUUACCCACGGCAAGUUUAGCUCCUAUGAGCCGGAACUAUUUCCAGGACUGAUCUAUCGUAUGGUGAAACCGAGAAUCGUGCUGCUAAUAUUCGUGUCCGGUAAGGUUGUACUUACCGGCGCCAAGGUGCGACAAGAGAUUUACGAUGCAUUCGAUAAUAUUUAUCCGAUUUUGAAAAGUUUCAAGAAACAGUAGUUCCCGUCACUAUGAGUGAAAAGUUUUGUUCUUUAGGAAUGCGAUUUUUUUUUACUUUACUUCGUUACCCCCUUUCCAACUAUUGCUAACAUGUAAAAGUUCGGUUACUAAUUAGAAUUUGAUUUGAUCAAACGUUCGAUUGACUAAAAAAAAGAAUGGACGUUUUAUUACAUGAGAAUCACUUUAGGACUAAGUACUAAAUAUCUGGCUAGUUUGCAAGAAGGGAAUUAACUCGUAUUGAACCAAAAAUAAAGGAUUCUUACCAAUCAGUGAGAUUGUUGUACUAGCCCUGAAAUUUUUCUGUAAACGAAUCGGCUGCGAAGUCUGUCGAAAUAGAAGGUUAAUUUCUGCAACAAAAUGUAGCUUUUGUGUUUUGAACCAAUGGAAAACAAUAAUAAAGUC